UCGCAAUAACAAACGAUCACUGAUCGUCACAACAAACCGCCAUAUUGGGUGAGUUUUGCGUAAACUUUGCGGAUAUAUCAGCUAUGUGGGGGUUCUUCAUGAUUGCCGCUAAUUAGACGAUAGAAAUAGUGAACCAAGAUGGCGACGUGGUCGUUGCUCAGCCUUGGGGUGGUGCUGUUAAUGGUUUCUUUAGCACUUGCAGCUGUUACCAGUCCUCCCCAAAUUCUUUCUCAGCUUGAACAGCUGAUGCCGUACAAAUUAAGAGAGAGUAUAGAGCUACCCUGUGAUGCUAGGGGUACACCAAGGCCAAAAUUCAGUUGGGAAAGAGACCAGCUUAGUCUUGAUGUAAGCGGCAAUGAUAACCGUUUCACCCAGCAGCCGAAUAAGGGUACUAUUGUCAUUAAUGACCCCCUGAAGAAAGAUGAGGGUGGCUAUCGAUGCUUUGCAAGGAACGACUUUGGAGUCGCGGUUUCUCAGAUUGUUAUUCUGAAGAGUGCAUUGCUUGACUCCUUUGAGCCUGUCAUAAAACCUUAUGGACAUGUCAUCAAAAUCGGUAACCCAGUCACGCUAACUUGUACUCCACCGACAAGUUUCCCUCCUCCAUCGCUCUACUGGACUGUCGUGUACCCAGAUGGUUUCUCCAAGCAGCUCCCUCUGAGUAAUAGGAUUACCAUGGACCCUUACGGAAGUCUUCAUUUUACUAAUGUCAUAAAAAGUGAUCAAGAUGGUGGCACCGGUACAGGACAACCUGUCAUUUACCAGUGUACUGCCAAUAACAAGGUCGAAAGGAGAGAGGUGAAGGGAGGUGAUCAGACCAUCAAUGUCAUUGGUGAUACAACCACAUCUCGGCCCCCAGAGCUUUUGUGGAAUAACCCCGAAACCCGACCCGUUGCUGUCAAAGGAAUGAAAUAUAUCCUCAAGUGUAUCUUCAGUGGAGAACCAACUCCAAAGGUGACCUGGGCAAGGAAGGACAAGGGUGCAAUGGGCCAGGCUCCCCGAGUGUACACAGACAGUUAUGGUCAAGAACUUGUGUUUGGAGAGGUUGACUUCUCAGAUGCCGGCCAGUAUGAGUGUGAGGGCAAGAACGAUCUUUCUGCUAAUCCUGUCACAAAACCAUUCAGUCUGAGGGUAGAAUCGAAACCAUUCAUGACACAGACACUGGAGAAUAUUGAGCGUGCUGAGAAUGAGACUGCGACUUUUCAUUGUGCCGCUGACGGAAUUCCAGUUCCAGAUAUCGAUUGGUUUAUCAAUGGUGUCAAGAUCACAAAUGCUCCAAAUCCCAAGCGUACACAGCCAGACAAGAAUACGCUCCAUUUCGUUAACCUCACCACAGCUGAUGCGCAGGUGAUCCAGUGCAAUGCCACUAACAUGCACGGCUAUAUCUUAAUGAAUGCCUACCUCAACGUUUUGGCCAUCCCGCCAGAAUUCAAACAACCGCCAGCAAAACGAAUACGCUUCGCUGAAGGCACUCGGCAAAACAUCACAUGUACAACGUAUGCUGCUCCAAAGGCUCAAAUCACAUGGAUUAAAGAUGGCCGUCAUUUGACCGGUGGACGCUAUAAAGUUCACACCGAUGGUAACUUGGAGGUCUUGGGUGUCAAGUCAAACGAUGCAGGAGAAUAUGAAUGCAUUGCAAAGAAUAAAUUUGGGACAAUAUCAGCAAAGGGCUAUGUCAUAGUCCGUCAACAGACAAGAAUAGUGUCGUCACCGCAGGACAUGAUCAUAAAUGCCGGAGAUGAAGCCAAACUUGUCUGUACUGCCACCACCGAUCCAGAGGAGCUGGAGAACUUAAAGAUAAAGUGGCUGCGUGAUGGGGCUACUAUAAACUAUGCUCUCGCUCAAAGAAUCUUCCAGAACUCUUUGGAUAAUUCAUUGACGAUCACCAAUGCACAAAAAACCGAUACUGCAGUGUAUUCGUGUGUUGCUGAGUCAAGUCUAGAUAAGGCGGAAGCAACUGCUUUCAUAACAGUCAGAGAUCGUCCGAAUGCUCCGGUGAAGGUUCAAGUCAACUGUGCCUUGAAAAAGAGUGAACGAAUUGCCAUUAUAACUUUUACACCAAACGGUGCCAACUACGCCCCAUUCCUCCAGUUUAUCGUCCAGUACAAUACGACCUUCACCCCUGAUGUUUGGUCAACUGCUGUCAAGACCGGCGAGAAUAGCAAGCGUGUGGAGUUUCAGAUGUCACCCUGGGCGACUUAUUCCUUCCGCGUUCUUGCCAGGAACCGUUUAGGUCUCAGCGAACCGAGUGCCCCGAGCAAGGAGCAAUGUCAGACGCAGCAAGGUGUGCCAUCCACUAACCCGCAGAAUGUGGAGGUGGAAGGAACAACACCGACCAACUUGGUGAUCAGAUGGACACCCAUGCCAGAGGUCGAAUUCAACGCGCCAGGUUUUGUUUACAAACUGGAGUGGAAAUGUCAGAACGUGGAAUGCAUGAAAAAUGACAAGUAUGACGGCAAGGCAACGAUUGCAGAAACAUGGCGGAAAGAGCAUAUUGUUAAUGACCAGUUGACGUACAUGGAAUAUAAGGUGACGGUCACUUGUGAGAAUGAAGAGGGUGAAUCCAAAGAAACUGCUGUUCCUGUGAUUGGCUACUCAGGAGAGGGAAUCCCUGCUGAUAGGCCAGAGAGCUUCGUGGUCGAUCAGCAAUCGGUUGGAGCAACCAGUGCAACCCUGCAGUGGCAAGCAGUUAGAAAUGAUACCAAACUCAUAAAGGGGUACUUUGUCGGAUACCUGAUUCAGUACUGGAAGGUCUCCGAGGGUGCUGUCAGAAUGCGACAGACAGUCGUGGAUGUCAAUCUGCCAGAGAAAACGUCAAAACGCAAGAAACGUGCUGCAACCCUCAUAAGCAGCAGUGCAGAUACGGUUGCUGCCAGGGUGACUGAUUUGCCGGCAUAUACUGAGGUUGAAAUGCAGGUUUCUGUUUUGAACCGAAAGUACCAGGGUCAACCUAGCACGAGAAUUAAGUUCACGACAAAACAAGGUGUUCCUGGACCGGUUGCUCAAUUCAUUAUUUUCCGACGUAACUCCAACAUGCUUGAAUUCAUAUGGGAUCCACCCCACCAGCCGAAUGGUAUCAUCACAGGCUAUGACUUGGCAUAUAGAGCAGUGAAUGUUCUUGAUCUUGGUGACCGUACUUGGCGUGAACCGGUCAAUGAUCCAAAUCAGCGCCGUGCCAAUAUCUCCGGUCUCCGCCCCGAGCAGAUGUAUCGUGUCUACAUCUAUGCAAAGACUCUGAACGGACGCGGUGAUGAGAACUCUGUGGAUGCACAGACAACUGCUGCUCAACCGCCGUCCCCACCAACAUUCAUCAUCCCGGAAGUGAACGCAACAAGUAUGAAUGUGACUUUGGAAGCAUCGAAAUCUGGAAACCCGGGCAGUGUCUUCUAUGUUCAAUACAGGAUGGAGGGCAAAUUCCCAUGGGAAACGACAUCAGUGGAGACGGUCAAUAAUUACAUUAAUGUGACGGGCAUGAGUCCUGGCAAUGUCUACGAGGUGCGAGUUGUAUCCAGGAAUGGUCAGAACCAGGAAGCAGCUAGUGGGUCGCAGUACGUCAGAACUAAAGGAUACUCUGCAUCGACGGCCAGCAUAGCUCUAGAGCCGUGGUUCAUCCUCAUGUUAAUCAGCGUGCUCAUUCUGAUCAUCCUCUUCAUCGUCAUCUGGUGCAUGAAGAAGAAGGUCAAACCUCGCUAUCCUGACCCUGCAGAAGUUGCGGAAGAACGUGAAAAGAAGCACCUUCGCCAUGACAUCCAGGGGCGCGAGCCACAUCGCCCCUACCGUGACGACCCCCGUUACCAUCAUCCCGAGUAUGUCUCCAACCCUGCUUACAAUAAGAGUCAAGACAGCCUGCACAAGGAGCCCAUCCCUUACGAUGAUGAGCCCUAUCAGCCUCCCCGCCGCCACGGUCCGUAUGGUCAUACCAAUGAGGCUAUGGGUCCUCACAGUGAGCGGUAUUAGACUGAGACUGAACCAAUGCAGCCCUACCAUGAGGAUGGAUCUUACACUGGAGAGUAAAGGGAUGAUGGCAAACAUGGAUAUCCUGCUGCACAUGUGCAGGGACCUCCCGAUUCAUCUACUUUUGUCUAAGCUAAACAUUGACUCGGUAACAAAACAAUGGCUGAGAAAGAUUUUACAUCUGCCAUGCGAUUGUUUAACAAAUUUUGUCAAUGUUCCCCUUCAUUUAUUGAAUUCCAUCCGAUGAACAAUUUUCAUCCAAGGGUAAAUUUGUGGUUGCCGCAUUCGGUUUUGCUAAUGUUAUUCUGCAUAGAUUUGGACUGUUGUGCAGUUAAAACCUUCAUUCACCGUAAUAAGCUCCCAGUGAAGUCUUUGCAGUGUCUGGAUUUUAGCAUGUUAAUCCUUCAAAAACAGGAGAUAAUUCCACCAUACAUUCGAAAUGUGGCAGCUUAAUGACUAGGUUACAGCUUGGCUUUUCAAAUCGAGAAAGAAAUUUGUUGAAUGUCCAUGAACCUCCGUCCUGUGAACCCUCUUUCGGUAAUGAUUGUUCCAGUUUUAAAAACAGUUAAAAUUGCAGCUGGAAGGUAGAAUGGCAGUAUGCAAUAAAUGUACGUACUUGUCAUUGCUAGAGCCUCAGUUUUUAUUAUGGCCUUGACUUAUAUCCCAAUUUGAAGUAAAGACAUUGUUGCAGAAAGCACAAUAGGAUUUUACAACAUAAAAGCUUGGGACUUAAGGAUUCUGUAAAAUAAAACAAUUUUGCAGUUUACAGUAGUUUAUUGCCUGUAUUUUAUGUACAUUCCAGAGUUAUAUUUUUCUGGUAAAUUCGUCCAAGUGUAUCAUAGCACCUUGUGGAUUUAUAGGCUCUAGGUGAGUCAGUUGUAUAUCAAUGUAUUUUAUAACUUUUAUAUGUAUAUUCUCGAGGACCUCUUCGGUUCAGCUAUUUUCACAUAUCAUAUGAAUUCAUCUGUAAACUAUUCUUAGAUUUUUGAUGUAAGAAACUUGACAAAUGUGUCAAUUGAUUUUAGUUUGUUACGUGAAGCAAUCUGGAGAAGUAGUUUGUCUAGUUUGUCUCCCAGGCUUGAUCCUGGGUGUGUUGAUGGCAAUGUCUCGAAUGAGUGUUGUGGCCCAAUUACUUCACAGCUUCAGCCGAGACAGUACGUAGCAUAGUAUUGGGGGUCUUCUUUGGGACAGGUUCUACUCAACUAAACCAGUGUGUGCUAGAAAAUUAUCUGCUUAAAGAGUCUUGUAAUGUACAGAAUGACUUUAUUAUUAAUUCUACAUGUAAACAUUUCUGGACUACUUAAAAAUUGCCUUUGUGGCAGGGUAACAAGCAUGUAUGAUUACUCUCGUCCAUAAUUCAUUUUUCCCCAGGCUUUGAUAACAAGUAAAUUCAACUGUGAGAUACAUGUAUCUUGAUAAAAAGUGUUUAUGUUUUCGGCAAAGUUUAUUGUUCAAUUGGACACAAAAAGUACCUUCUGUUGUCAGGCUCUUCUUGGGUUAAAACUUUGAUGUUUAUUCUAUUACAUAAUGAAGUACUCCUCAGUAACUGCCAGAGACACAUUUAAAAGAUGCCCAUUAAGUGUUAAAGGCAAUUUUAUAGUUGUCCAAAUCUGCUUCAUCAUUAUUUUGUAGUUGGUCUAUUGCAUAUAAUGCGAAUAGCUAUACUGGCCAUAUCUGUAAAUUUGUUAGGAAAGCCAAAUAAUGAUUUGAUUAACUUGUGAUCACAUUGUAUAAAGAUUAAUUUGUAUAUCAGAAAAAUUGUACAUUUCAAUUAUGACUUCUAGUUCUAAAACACCUUAAUUGCUGUGUUGUGUCGUUUUCUAUAUUUUAAGUUGGGCCUUGUUUUCACUGCAGUUGUUUCGGUGUCACAACCAUAACCGCUUGGGUUGGUAACAUUUGUGGAAGCUGUCAAAAAGUGGCUAAAAUUACAUUCCAUUGUUUAAGUUGAGGUGUUUUAGAAUAGAGAUUGAUAACUCACUGUUUGUAUUAGUUGUCUCACAAAAAGCUGAUCGGGUGGAGCUGCCAUCUCCUCCGAACCUCGGCAAAGCACCUCAGUUUUGGCCCAUAUUUUAGCCGCACCCUUGUUGUGUUUAGUAAGACAACCUACAUGUAUACAUCCAGUUUGCUACCAAUUCCUUUAAUAAAUGGCAUAGUUUAAAUGCUUUUGCUUAUAUAAAAUGCUUUAGGGAUGUAGUUUUGUAAUCCCACAGAACGUUUGGUUAACAUUCAAGGGUUUGUAAUGUAAAAUUGUAACUAUUUGGUUGAUCUCUGUACAGCGGAAUCCUGCGAUAACGAACUGGAUGAGAGCAGAUUUUUUUUCUCAUUAAAUCGAGGUUUCAAUCAGUACUGAAUUAUUACGGAUUGUGAAUCUUACAUUGUAAUUGGAAGCGGAUUUUUGUUUUGCAUGGUUCCACUGUACAAUUUGAACAGAUAACAUUCCAGUCUAUAAGGCAUUUUCAUCUUCUGUUAUUGAAGACUGUUUACCAUGGCAUCUGAAUAUGUUGAUGCUGUUUUGGAAAGUCUUCUCAUCCUUUAAUUGUGACUAAAGCAACUGAGCUGUUAAGAUAAGUUCCAUUUGUCCAUUCAAAACAUUCCUACUUCGUUUUUCGUCUACAAGAAUAUAACAUAUUGGCCUCUUUAAUUAAUGAAAGCAAACAUCUUUCAAACGUCCAUGGAUCACUUUUAUAAAUUGUGUGAUUUUUGAAUGUUUAUCCAAACUUCAUGCUGCAUUUGAUAUCCACAAAAAUAAAUAUAAAAAUUUUAUAUGAAA